ACUGAGAUCACGGAACACCGCAACACCGCCAAAGAUGCAGAUCUUCGUGAAGACCCUGACGGGCAAGACCAUCACGCUCGAAGUUGAGAGCAGUGACACCAUCGACAACGUCAAGUCCAAGAUCCAGGACAAGGAGGGCAUUCCCCCGGACCAACAGCGCCUGAUCUUCGCCGGAAAGCAGCUCGAGGAUGGCCGCACUCUGUCCGACUACAACAUCCAGAAGGAGUCCACCCUCCACUUGGUCCUCCGUCUCCGUGGUGGUAUCAUUGAGCCUUCGCUCAAGGCCCUUGCCUCCAAGUACAACUGCGACAAGAUGAUCUGCCGCAAGUGCUACGCACGCCUACCACCGAGGGCUGUCAACUGCGUACGUCAUGACAAGGAUAUUGUUCCUUGAACUGGAACGGACAGGCUAUAGGACUUUACUAACAACAUCACAGCGCAAGAAGAAGUGCGGACACACCAACCAGCUCCGCCCCAAGAAGAAGUUGAAGUAAACUACUCGCCUCUAUCGGCGUCUGGCGAAGGGACAACGGAGUCGGUGGAAACGAAUUGCAACGAUUGCAUGCGAUGGAUAUGAGGGCUAGGUCGCUACUACUUCUUCCACGGCACAUGGCAUCAAUGGCGUGCUUGUCUUGUCUCGCAUCUGAGACUUUAUGAAGGGAACCAGGCAUGUAGAGUGAAUCGAUCAAAUUCAAACACCA